CCGUUGAUCUCGUAGAAGCUUAGGUGGGAGAGACAGAGAGAGCAAGACCGUCUGGUGGAGAGUUAUAGCAAAUACUCACAAUCUCUCUCUCUCUCCUUUGUCUUUAAGGUGUUGUCACGUUUCUCGGCUUCUCAAAGCUAGUGGGUACUUGUUUGGAGCAAGGAUUUUGACUUUCUCGAGAAAAUAGCUUCUCGAGAAAGUUUGUAUAGAAUGGGAAGAUUUACGAAAAUGCCACUGAGCUUAACGCCUGUUGAGUUUGGAGCUCUGGUUGGCAACUGGUGGGACGAGAUCAACGAUUCUUCGGGAUGGCAGGACGGGAUCUUCUACACUCUCUGUGCUGCUUACGCGCUUGUUUCCUCUGUUGCUCUGAUACAAUUAAUUAGAAUCGAGUUAAGAGUGCCUGAAUAUGGUUGGACGACGCAGAAGGUUUUCCAUCUUAUGAAUUUCAUUGUUAAUGGAGUACGUGCUAUCGUGUUUGGAUUUCACCAUCAAGUGUUUAAUCUGCAUCCCAAGGUACUGACAUGGGUAUUAUUGGAUCUUCCUGGACUUCUGUUCUUCUCUACAUACACGCUACUUGUCCUCUUUUGGGCAGAGAUAUAUCACCAGGCUAGAAGUUUACCAACUGAUAAACUCCGGAUUGUUUAUAUCUCAGUCAAUGCUGCUAUGUACUUUAUACAGGUUUGCAUCUGGGUAUAUCUCUGGAUAGAUGAAAACACAGUGGUGCAAUUCAUUGGAAAGAUAUUUAUUGCAGUGGUAUCAUUUAUUGCUGCACUAGGUUUCUUGCUAUAUGGAGGAAGGUUAUUUUUUAUGCUGAGACGCUUCCCUAUUGAAUCAAAAGGGAGAAGAAAGAAGCUUCACGAGGUUGGAUCUGUUACAGCCAUUUGUUUCACCUGCUUCCUGAUACGGUGCUUUGUGGAUCUUCUGUCUGCUUUUGAUACAGAUGCAUCACUGGAUGUUUUGGAUCACCCGGUUUUGAAUUUGAUCUACUACAUGCUGGUUGAGAUCCUACCUUCAGCUCUGGUCCUCUACAUACUGCGCAAGUUGCCUCCCAAGAGAAUUUCUGCACAAUAUCAUCCUAUCCGGUAGUAAGACGUUCCUUUUUUCUCUUGUUGUUUAACCCUCCGUCCCUCCCCCAUCCAAAGAACAAGGGGUUUUUAAUGUUUUGAGAGUUAGAUGGUAUUGGAAUUGAAGAAGAGAAGCAGAGCCAGGUGGACAAUCCAGAUUUAUUAUUCUGGCGAGGCUCAUAUUGUCGGCAAUUUUUUUACAUGCAUAUGAGGAAGCUGUAUGCAGCUUGCUGAAGGGGAAUUCUUUUUCAUCGGUAUCUUCAUGGCAUAUGUGAAGAAUUGGUUAUUUGAUGUAAUAUAUUUGGUCACUUUGACAAAGGAAAUUUUCCAUUUGUUUAUCGUGGUAGCUGCUUCUGUCACUUCUAGAUGGUAGACAUUGAUUGUGUUGUGUGAUAAAAGGUUUUUGACUGAAUUGUUAUACUUCUUUUCCACCUUAGUAGAUUGUUAGGUUUUUUCCUGUAUAAAUUGAAUUAAUGUUAACUAUUAAUCUUCAUUUUUUGUUAUGUUACUUGAUUUCCCCUCGAU